GUCGUGAUACCUUUGACUGUUUGUUUCCACCCAGGGAUGCGUCCCACCAGAAGGCUCUGAGACCUGUACUUUAACAAGACUUGCCAAGCGAGUGGAGGAGUAUCCGGAGCGCUGUGUGAAGGAGGGAGAGCUCCGCUUUGCCUUCCCCACCUGGCAGCACCAGACUCACGUGCCCUCAGCCAACCAUGAACUGCCGCUCCGAGGUGCUAGAGGUGUCGGUGGAAGGCCGGCAGAUCGAGGAGGCCAUGCUGGCCGUGCUCCACACCGUCCUCCUCCACCGCAGCACCGGCAAGUUCCACUACAAGAAGGAGGGCACCUACUCCAUCGGGACGGUGGGGACCCAGGACGUCGACUGCGACUUCAUCGACUUCACCUACGCCAGGGUCUCCUCCGAGGAGCUGGACCGAGCGCUGAGGAAGGCCGUCGGGGAAUUCAAGGACGCCCUCCGGAACUCGGGCAGCGACGGCAUCGGGCAGAUCAGCCUGGAGUUCUACCAGAAGAAGAAGUCGCGCUGGCCCUUCUCGGACGAGUGUAUCCCCUGGGAGGUGUGGACCAUUAAGGUCAACGUGGUGAACCUGGUCAGCGAGCAGGAGCGGCAGAUCUGCCGGGAGAAGGUGGGGGAGAAGCUGUGCGAGAAGCUGAUCAACAUUGUGGAGGUGAUGAACAGGCACGAGUACCUGCCCAAAAUGCCCACCCAGUCGGAGGUGGACAACGUCUUCGACACGAGCCUGAAGGACGUGCAGCCCUACCUGUACAAGAUCUCCUACCAGAUCACGGACUCCCUCGGCUCCUCCGUCACCACCACCAUGCGGCGGCUCAUCAAAGACACGCUGGCUCUGUAGGGCCGGGGUCUGGGGACGGGGGUUUGUCAGAGGCUGGCACCUGUCUGCUCCCCACCAGACAGGGUGACACGGGUGUCCUGGCGAGGAGGGGCCUCUCCGAGUACAGUCCCAGCCCGUUGGCCUGCUAAGACCCCUCCCUUUCCUCUGUCCCGUUCGGGGGGGAGCUCUCCACAGGCUGGACUUGGGCCAGCCCAAACUGCGACUCUCCCUGUGUGGGGGUCGCCUGAGGCCGCAGCCUGUGCACCGUCGGUCCCGCGGCCUGUGUUGCAGCCGGCCUGUCGGCUCCCCUCCCCCGCUCUCUCUUCCCUCAGAUCCCUCCUCAAGCCCCGCUUCCCUUGUGGGACCUCAUCCAGGCCCGGCCUGGCACUGGGCCUGCUGCUGCCUUGCGUCGUGGGACUGGGAAUUCCCGCUGGGGCCGGGGGUCUGCAGAGGCUCUAACAAUCCGUGGGUAACCUCUGGCUGCUGUCGAGGCGGGUUGAAUUUCUCUCCCUUUAGCCCUCUCGUCUGGUGACAGUGGGGAAAACCCCCCCGCAGAGGCAGCUGCGGUUAGAACAGCACUCGGGCAUCUGUGGUGCCCUUCUCUGCCUCUCUCCAGCUGCCAACGAGAAGGAUCCAUCCAGGGGGAGCUGCCCCCUCGAGUAGGGUUUGUACAGCCCCUUCCCUAAAAUACUGGGGUGUGGCUCAGUCCUUAACACCCACCGCCCCAGCCAGGCACCUGAACCCCCUUCCCUGAGAGGUGCAGCCAGGGGGUGGAAGGGAAGCCAGCCUGGCCGGAGAAGCGAGCGCAGUGAGAGUGGCCGUUGCUAGCCGGCCCUGCCUGCUCCGUCUCCCCUCCACAUCCCCUCUUGCCGUUGGUCGAAGGGGCCGGGAGCUGAGUGAACUGGGGCAUGAAGGGGCCCCGGCCCGGUUGAGUUGUGUUGCCCACGUGUUCUCAGGUUUGUCAACACCAUCCCCUUCGUUCUGCCGGGCUGGCAAAAGGGCAGCGGAGCCGCAGGAGACACCUCCCGGUCCUGUCGCGUCAGUGCACCUACAGCCCCGCAUCCUCUCUAGUGUAGACUGACGCCAUCAGCCCUUGGGUGCUUGUGUUGGUCGCCGACUGUUAGGAAACUGACCUGCCUGUAGCUCUGGGUGUAAUAAACGUUGGCCUGGCCGCCUUCUUA